AUGGCUUUGAACACUCUAGGAUCACUGACACAGGGUGAAACGAGGAAUAAUACCACGGAUGAGUUGAGGAUGAAUGUGGCUAUGAGUGAGUCCAACUCCAUCCAAAGCAAUAAACUGUACAGAAAAGCCAGAGAACUUUCUGGAAUGGGCCUUGAUACGUUUGACUGCAUAGAGGAGAGGUCACACUCGGUGGUCAACAACUUCUUGGACGGCAUGGGGCACGAGCCGGACAAAGGGCUGUACUUUGCUGAUGGGAAGAGGAAGGUGGACUAUGUACUGGUGUUCCGGGUAACACCAGUGGUUCAAGACUCUCCAGGACAGCACCGGCUUUCGGUUAUCUCCAACGGUAGCUUUCCCCAAGCAGGGAGCAAAGAGGCUGAAACAGUGAAGGAGGACAAUGCUGAGGUCGUAGUGGACAUGGGACCAACCGAUCCGGCUGAGUGUGACAAACUCAGGAUUCGAGAGGAGUUUGAGACCCACUUGAGGGAAGCAGGACUGCACAUCGAGUGUGAUAACGAGCACAAGGUCUAUGGGCAGGGAUUUGUCCGGGUACAUGCCCCUUGGCAGGUGCUCAGCAGAGAGGCAGAGUUUCUCAAGAUCAAGGUGCCCACGAAAAAGAGCUAUGAGCUGAAAGAAGAGAAGGGUCUGUCGGCAACUAUGAACACAGUGUGGAGGAAGUUGAACCAACCGUUUCAACCCAACGUCCCUCACCUGCAUCAGCAGAGUCGCACAAAGUUCCUCUCUCAAAGCUUCUCCCGGGACAAGCUCCAUCUGUACGACAUUAAGUGCAAGGACACCUUCUUCGACAAUGCCACAAGGAGCCGAAUUGUGUAUGAAAUCCUUAGACGAACUGCCUGCACGCGGACCUGCCAAACCAUGGGCAUCACUACAUUAAUAGCUAAAGGGGUGUAUGACUCUGCCUUCCCUCUGCACGAUGGAGACUUCAAGGACUCUAGACAAGCAGAACAGAAGAAUGAGAGACAGCUGUUACAUAAUGAAUGGGCAAGAUAUGGAGCAUUUUACAAAUAUCAGCCUGUUGAUCUUAUCAGAAAAUACUUUGGGGAGAAGAUAGGCCUCUACUUUGCCUGGCUUGGUGUUUACACUCAGCUGCUGGCUUUGGCAUCUGUGGUAGGCAUCAUCGUGUUCCUGUACGGCUGUUUCACCAUCGAGACCAAUGUUCCUAGUCUGGAGAUGUGUGAUGAGAAACAAAACUUCACUAUGUGCCCUCUUUGUGAUCGUGGCUGCGAUUAUUGGCACUUGAGCACAGCCUGUGGCACUGCCCGUGCUAGCCACCUCUUUGACAACCCAGCCACUGUCUUCUUUGCCAUCUUCAUGUCCCUCUGGGCCGUAAUGUUUCUGGAGCACUGGAAACGCAGACAGAACACUUUGAACUACAGCUGGAAUAUGACGGGAAUGGAGGAAGAAGAGGAGCAUCCCCGGCCUAAAUAUGAAACAUUACUCCUUCAGAAGAGACAGAGGAAGAGGAGAAACAAAAAGAACAAAAGAGAGCCUCAGAAAAGUGUGGAGGAGAGCAGCGAUCCAGGCAAGGACAAAUGGAGACAGUGGUUGCUGUCUGCCAUGGCUGCAGGGAACCCGCCUGGAGAUGAGAAACUUACAUGGAAGGAUAGGUUGCCUGGGUAUUUCAUUAAUGUCUCCUCCAUUCUACUAAUGUUUGGUGUAACUUUUGCUGCUGUGUUUGCGGUGAUUAUGUACCGCAUCACCGUCUCUGCCACACUGGCUAUGAGUCCUGACCCCCAGAUCAAAGCCAGUGUGCGAGUGACCGUCACAGCCACAGCUGUCAUCAUCAACCUAGUGGUCAUCCUCAUCCUGGAUGAGAUCUACGGCUCUGUAGCUGUCUGGCUCACAGAGUUGGAGAUUCCAAAGACAGAGAGUGGCUUUGAGGAGCGACUGAUUCUGAAGGCCUUCCUCCUAAAGUUUAUGAAUGCUUAUGCCCCCAUUUUCUACGUUGCCUUCUUCAAAGGAAGGUUUGCAGGCCGGCCUGGGGAAUAUGUUUAUGUUUUCAACCAGUUUCGAAUGGAAGAGUGUGCCCCUGGUGGUUGUCUUAUUGAGCUAUGUAUUCAGCUCAGCAUCAUCAUGCUGGGAAAACAGCUAAUUCAGAACAAUAUCUUUGAGAUUGGCAUCCCGAAGCUGAAGAAGCUGUUUCGCUCCCUGAAGGAAAAGAAACGAGCUCCUGAAGUGCAUGUGGAAAAGACAGGCCGUACUCUGCGUCAGUGGCACCUGGACAGUGAUCUAGAGCCAUUUGUUGGCCUCACACCCGAAUACAUGGAGAUGAUCAUCCAGUUUGGCUUUGUCUCCCUCUUUGUGGCUUCUUUUCCUCUGGCUCCUCUAUUUGCUCUUUUAAACAACAUCAUUGAGAUCCGGCUGGAUGCUAAGAAGUUUGUCACUGAGCUACGCAGACCAGAUGCUGUGAGAGCACAAGACAUCGGAAUCUGGUACAAUAUACUAAAUGGCUUGGGGAAGUUUUCAGUUCUCAUCAAUGCUUUUGUCAUCUCCUUUACAUCAGACUUCAUCCCACGAUUGGUCUAUCAGUACAUGUACAGCGAUACUGGAACCAUGCAUGGCUUUAUUGACCACACACUGUCUUACUUCAAUGUCAGUGAUUUUCAACCAGGCACAGUACCUGCCGUCUCUGCUGUCGUAAUCUGCCGGUAUAAGGAUUACAGGGAACCACCCUGGUCUUCACAGCCCUACCAGUUCUCCAAACAGUACUGGUCAAUCUUAGCAGCUCGACUGGGAUUUGUAAUACUCUUCCAGAACUUGGUAAUGUUUUUAGGCCUCCUGGUUGCCUGGUUGAUCCCAGAUGUGCCCAAGAACAUCAGUGAACAGAUUAAGAGGGAGAAGAUCCUUCUUGUAGAUGUCUUCAUGAAGGAGGAGAAGGAGAAGCUUCAGCUCAUCAAUAGCCUUUUCUCAAAAGAAUCAGGACUGAUACAGGAGCCCAGGAAGGAAGUGCAGCCAAUCUCUGACCCCCAGGCUCCCUUGCCCAACCUGACCCAGGCUAACAAUAUCACCACUGCUUCCUGUUCCCACACCCGCGUACGUGCUGCCAGCUUUAGCCAAUUUACCCGCCAGGCCUCUGUGUCGCCCCAUCAUGAUAGGGGCACAAAUACAGCAGUGUGAACAGGGCAAGGAGGGGUCAGCAAGAGGGGUUAGCUGGCCAUGAGAUCUUCAGAGUGCCCAUACUCAGAAUGGAGGACUAGCAGAGAACAGAGGGUAGGGCUAAGCUUUCCAUGGAGUUCUUGAGGUGAAUUAGAAUCCUCCGUACAGUGUUCUCACUGGAGCUAACGCAAGAGAGGUUAUUAUAUAUCUAUCUCUGUACUGUAUGUCUGAGCAUAUGUCCACAGGCGGCAUGUUUUGAUUGCUUUUAAAGCUGUGAUGUAUCCACACAGUCCACAGAGGCGAUCUCAUCCUGGCCUCUAAGCCAAGGCUUCCUAGGACCGCUUGCCAUAGGACCUCAUCCCAUGCACAGUGCAACUGGUUGCGAGGACAGACACUGGAAUGAAAGACCAGGACU